AAAAAUUCAUUCCAUGCUCGUCAACCGGCCACGGCCCCGCAUCGACACUUUGUGUAGCGGGAUAAGAUCGUCAGAUCAAUUUGUUAGGCCUAUACGACGACCGAUUCAAGCAGGAUACAUCUUAUGUCGAGACAAAGCACGUUUAUUUUGACAAAAUUCUUGAAAUAAUGUCAUAUUUCAUGAAUUAUUUAGGAUUGUAAAUGGUAUUGGUGACACCGCGUCGGCUGAUCUGAGUGAAACCACAAAACCAGACGUCCGUUUUCCAACUUCCAAGAUGGCGGCCUCCAUGGGCGUUGUUUACUCUUCACUAAGAACUACACGGUUCUUUUCCGUAGCUUGCCCAGUUUUAUUUGAGAGUUUAAGAACUACAAGGAUAACAGUGAGGACGUUUCUCACUUUGAAUUUUUUAGUAAUAUUGCUGGCUUCAAUACCAGUCACAUCCGGGGCAAGUGGCAGCAGUGGUAGGGGAAAUGCAACUCGUAUCUUUGCAUUGUUAAAAACAAGUGAGGGAGUAGAAAUAGGUGCAGAGGGACAGCUGAAGGUUCCACAAAAUGAAGAAGUCACUUUGAGACUUAUCGGAGAAAAUAUCAGGGUUGGAAUGAGUGUUUAUUUCACCACAACAGAUGCAGAGAAAGGAGAUUCGUGUGAAGAGCUAGACCAUCCUGUCGUGGGAGCCAUAGAAUUAGAUGCUGCCAACUCUGAUAAUCACACUACUGGCUUGCUGCGUGUAACAUUCAAAGCACUGGAUCCCCUCUACAUGUGUGCUAAGCUGGAUGGUAAACGCUGGACACAUCUGGGAUCGGCAAGCUGGCUCCAAGUUUAUGUCAUUCCCCCGCUCUUGCCGCUGUGGCUGCAAAUCAUUCUCAUCAUAUUGCUGUUGACCUUCUCGGGUCUCUUCAGUGGGUUGAAUCUGGGCCUUAUGGCGCUCGAUCCGACCGAGCUGAAAAUCCUGCAAAAUUGUGGGAACCGCCGUGAGAAGCAGUACGCCAAGAAGAUCGCCCCGAUUCGCCACACUGGAAACUACUUGCUGUGCUCCCUGCUGCUUGGGAACGUUCUUGUGAACAGCACUCUAACAGUCCUCCUGGGUGAUCUUUCAUCUGGACUGAUGGCAGUCAUCGGUUCUACUGCUGGGAUCGUUAUUUUCGGUGAAAUCGUCCCACAGUCCAUUUGCUCCCGUCACGGACUGGCUGUGGGAGCCAGAACAGUCUGGCUGACCUACAUUUUCAUGGUUGUGACGUUUCCAGUGGCAUACCCGAUCAGUAAAAUCCUAGAUUUCAUACUGGGAAAGGAGAUCGGGAAUGUCUACGACCGGGAACGCUUGGUGGAGUUGAUUAAAGUCACAGAUGAAUACACAGAUCUCCAAAAAGAAGAAGUCGACAUCAUAUCAGGUGCACUGGAGCUAAAAAGGACGCCGGUGAAAUGUGUCAUGACACCAUUGGACGACUGCUACAUGUUGGACGAGGAAGCUGUACUUGACUUUAAUACGGUCACUGAUAUCAUGAAUAAAGGCUUCACACGGAUACCAGUGUAUGCGGGAACCAGGGAUAACAUAGUCGCCCUGUUGUUUGUCAAAGAUUUAGCAUUUGUGGAUCCGGAUGAUUGCACUCCGUUGAAGACAGUCAUCAAGUUUUACCAGCAUCCUAUCAACUUUGUGUUUGAGGAUACCACACUGGACGUCAUGCUCUCAGAAUUCAAGAAAGGCUCCUCUCACAUGGCCAUAGUCAACCGCGUCAACAACGAAGGCGAAGGUGAUCCAUUCUAUGAAGUCUUGGGGCUUGUUACCUUGGAAGAUGUCAUUGAGGAAAUUCUGAAGUCAGAAAUUGUGGACGAAACUGACAUCUACACUGACAACGUUUCUAAGAAGAAGAUCAACAAUCCAAAGCGUCGAGAUUAUUCAAUCUUCGCCCAGCAGGACGAAGUGAUUCGGGCAAAAGUCUCACCACAGCUAGCCCUUGCUAUAUUCCAGUUUCUGAAUACAGCUGUGGAACCUUUCAAGAUUGAGAUGAUCUCGGAGACCGUCUUACACCGUCUCCUUGAGCAGGACAUUUAUCACAGUGCCAGGCAAGAAGAGGGCAAGCACAGCCCUGUGUAUCUGUACAGCCGGGCGAAACAAGCGGAUUACUUCAUCAUCAUCCUGCAGGGUAGGGUAGAAGUCACCAUCGGGAAAGAGAACCUGGUCUUUGAGCAGGGACCGUUUGCCUUCUAUGGGCAGCAUGCUUUGAUGUCCCCUGGAGGUACGGCCAACACCAUCUCUCGUUCUGGCAGUCGGACCAGCGUCGGUAGCAGCAUGAGUGCCGGCUCCAACACCCCAGCCGCACCCUUCAUCCCAGACUUCACCGUUCGUAUCCUAACUGACGUCCAGUACCUACGGGUUACGCGUAACCAGUACGCCGCAGCCCGUGCAGCCACGAAGAUGGAACGGGAAAUGAAAGCUGAGAGCCCAACUGAGACCAAGGAGAUCUUCAACAAGGAAUGGAAGAAGGUAACAAACAAGGAAGCCUUGCAGAGCAAAGAGGCAGCGACUGACGGGGUAGACAUUCGUAGCACCCAAGUUGGGGUGGGUGAAAAAGACAACAAAACUGAGAGCACUUUAUAGAAAGGAUAAAGGAGAUUGUGAUCCAGUUCCAAUUUGACAGAUCUGCCAAGCCCAACUGGCUGCUAAGUCGUACAUUGCUGUUGACUGGUACCCUGCCAACUUUUGCUGAGCACUAUAUUCUGCUUGGCGGUAUUUUCAGACUGGUAACUUUAUGAAAUUGGUCCCUUGCUGAGUGCAGAAAGUUGGUAAGCAGGGAACAUAUUUGCUUAGCCAAAACAGCUUACCAGCCGAACGUCAUGUCAUGUCAUGUCAAUUUCUGUUCACUGGUACUCUGCAAAUAUGUGUGCAAUGCAUUUGAGCUUUUCCUAAUGUUCUAAGUAACCAGUGAGGGAAUACUUGUGCAGUGUCCAGUGAACUAUGCACUUAUAUAUAAUUAGCAUAUAGAAUUCUUUAGUGCUAUAUUUAACAUAUUUUUAAAAUGAUGAAGGGGACAUAGCUAGCUUUCAAUGGAGUCCGUGCACAAGUACCCCCUCAACAGUUACAAAUGGAGAGUUGAGGUAGACCACUGGGAGGGA